UGCUCCCUUGCCAAAGGGCAGAGGCGGAAAACCGAGCGAGGGGAAUACGGCGCUCCCCUAUGAUGCCCGAACAGUUCCUAAAAAUAUUUCUCUAACUGUUAAAUUUGACGCAGGAUCGUGUUUAUGCAGGGAAUGUGAGGAAAGGGGAGGAUGAAUUUCAGGCUAAAAAGAGAAGGGGGGAGGAGAGUAGCAGGGGUGUGUGUUAAAAGAGGCAAACUAGAGGCAGAGGGGCUGGCAGACAAAAAAAAAAGUGGGAGAUGUGGACGAGGAGGGGGAGGCGGUGCUAAGGCAGACAGCAGGGAAGGAAAGCUGAGAAGAGGAACAGUUGAGUAAAGUGAAAGGAGAGGACAAGGAGAGGGCAGGACAGAAGAAUAAAGGGGGGAGCUUCCAUUUGAAAGUCCUAGUGCCAGGAUAUGAAGUCCUGGAGCGGUAAAGAGGCAACAGCAGGAAACUGGAAUGUGCUGGUGAGGAGGUAGACAGAAAAACAGGAGACACAGAGGAGGAAAACCUCAGUCUGUGACUGUUGGGAUUUUUUUUCCCCAAUUUAUUUUUCCCAAAAGACAAAGAAGUGGACACAGCAAUGCAGGACUCUAACCCGGUGAGGGGUGUGUCUGAUACAGCCAGGCUGCCAUGGCUCUGGUUCAGGCCCUACCUGUGAGUGACCAUCCCAAUCCAGGUGUUGACAUCCAGCAGUGCCGACCGCUGUCCUCCCACUCCCCUUCCAGUCCCUGCUCCGGCUCCUGCGGGUCGUGCAGCUCUGACCCGACCAUGGGCUCCGUCAGCUCCCUCAUAUCGGGCCGCACGUACCAGGAGAGGCACUGCCGGGCUGCCAGCGAAUUCAACAUCAAACCGCGGCGCUCCACACCGGCCACCAACUGCUUCAGGAUUCAGGAUAAAACCCUCCGCAGCGGGAGCUCUCUUGAACAGCUGCUGGUUGUCAGCAACCAGACGCAGCCUCAAGCUCAGGUUCUGCCGCCACCACUGCCCACCAAGAAGCAGCCCCGGCCUGGAAACUCAGCCGGCGGGGGCGGAGCCGUCGCUGGAGCAUCAAGCGGAGGCUCCAAUGGGAAUUUUGGAUAUGUAAGCGAUGAAGUUGUGGUUGAAGACUGGAAUGACAACUUGGUACUUACAACUACAAGUCCCUGCAGUGACUCUGAGGACCAAAAGGACAACAGGACUUUGAAUGGGAACAUUAGUGGACCUCCUCCCAAACUUGUCCCAGUGUCUGGACAGUUGGAAAAGAAUAUGGAGAAAGUGCUGAUCCGCCCGACAGCGUUCAAGCCGGUGGUUCCCAAGAACCGCCACUCGGUGCAGUACUUGACCCUGCGGGCAGGAGGCAGCAAUCUGUCCGAGAGUCAGGCCAGUCUCAACAUCCUGUUGCCCCUCGCCGCAUCCAACGGUGCCAGCAGCACCAGCGGGAACAGCGGUGGCUGCAGUUCCAGCUCUGAAGGGAAGCACAGCUCCUUCACCGUGGGCCGCAACGCUCGCAACAGCCAGUCCUGCUCCAUGUCCGAUUCGGGGAGGAACUCCCUGUCCAGCCUCCCCACUCACAGCAGCACGGGCUGCAGUUUGGCUCCCAGCGAAGGCUCCAAUUCAGGGUCCGGCUCAGGGGGUCAGGCGGAGCCCGGGCCUUGUUUGGGUCGCAACACUUCAGUUGGGAGUGGGAGCCAUGGUCACAACAACUCAGACAGCGGACGCUCCUCAUCCAGUAAGAGCACCGGGUCGGGGUCGUUGAGCGGACGCGGGCAGCCUUUAUUCGACAGCGGGUCUUGUGGUCACUCGACCCCUCCUGCAGAGGGAUAUGAAGUCGUGGUGAGGGAGCUGGAGGACAAGCUAAGGGAACGAGACCUGGAGCUCCAGCAGCUUCGGGAAAACCUGGACGAGAAUGAAGCAGCCAUCUGCCAGGUGUACGAGGAGAAGCAGCGGAGAUGUGAGAGAGAGAUGGAGGAGCUGAGACAAACCUGCGCUGCUAAGAUGAAGCAGACCUCCCAGAAGGCGCAGAGAUCGCAGCAGGUGCUGCAGUUACAGGUAUUUCAACUGCAGCAAGAGAAAAAGAAGCUGCAGGAGGACUUCUCCUCUUUGCUUCAAGACAGAGAAACACUGGAGAAGAGGUGCGCUACGAUUCAGAGGGAGCAGACUCAGCUAGGGCCACGCUUGGAGGAGACCAAGUGGGAGGUUUGUCAGAAGUCGGGUGAAAUCUCCCUCCUGAAGCAGCAGCUGAAGGAGAUCCAGUCUGAGCUCAGCCAGAAAGCCGGAGACAUCGUCGUCCUGAAGGCCCAGCUGAGGGAGGCUCGCUCUGAGCUGCAGGCUAGCCAGGUGCGGAGCCAGGAGGCCCAGACCGCCCUCCGGACGAGAUCGCUGGAGCUGGAAGUGUGCGAGAAUGAACUGCAGAGGCGGAAGAGCGAAGCCGAGCUGCUCCGGGAGAAAGUGAGGAGUCUGGAGGAGGAGUCGACCCGGCUUCGGGAAGGCCUGUCCAAUCACUGUGGACCUUAUCUACCAGGAAGCAUGAAGACUCACUGUAUGAGCCAUUCACUACAAGGUAGAGGAGUGUUAGGAAGGGGGGGUCCCAGUCCUUCCAUGUAUCGGGAUGGAGAAGACUCUCAUCUCGUCUGGAGCGGAGAAAGCGAUGAAGCAAAAGCGCAGAGACAGAACGCCGAGAUAGUCCUGGGACUCAGACAGCAGGUGGACAGACUGAAAGCUGAGCUCAUGUAUGAGAGGAGAGCUGGAGAGGAGCAGCUCUCACGGUUUGAGGAGGAGAGGAGGGUGUGGCAUGAAGAGAAGGAAAAGGUUAUCCGCUACCAGAAGCAGCUGCAGCAGAACUACAUCCACAUGUACCGCCGUAACCGCGAUCUGGAGCGAGUCAUGAGAGAGCUGAGCCUGGAGCUAGAGAACAGGGACACGGAGGACUACGAGGUCCACAGUGGCAGCAACGACAUCCACUUUGAAGAAAUCACUGCCACUGAGAUCUGAACGCAGACACACAAACACACACUUCACCCUGGCGUGUGCACAGAGAGGUGGAACUCCGACUCACACGAGCCUCUGAACACCAAGCAUCGAUCUCAAGGCUAAAUACUGCACUAACUAGCUCCACCUGGUAGACGAGUGAGCUGGACUACUCCAUCACUGUCAAAAGGGACUUUUCCCAAAGGUGCAUUCUUUUCUUCCUGCUAACAAAUUCCGAUGAAUUCUUAUAAAAUAUGUUUUUUUACUACUACAAAGCCAGCACAAGAUGAUGUAGAAGCAAAUUUAAGAUUUUCUGAGAAUCAGGGUACAAAAACAGAUAACAGAUGUAUCCUAAAUACAGACCAAUCUGGUCAGUGUGUCGUUUUUAGUCACCAUCAAACACCUGACCACCAGCGUGCGUGUAAUCACGCGUCAUCAUAGCAAUCAAGUUUAUGCAUCCGGACAGAUAACUGCUCCACUUCCUCUACAUUUAUUUGAUAUUGUUAGCAUGAAAAUAGGUGUUCUGUUCAAAUUCUUCGGUGGUAAAAACAUUAAAAAAAACUGCCCAGUGGGAUAAAAAAUGGCAUUUAUUUGCACAACAUGCCUGGCCUCUUUUAUUUUGGUAUUCAAUAACAUUUUGUGAGCUAAUAAUCAAAUUUAAGCGUUCAAUAUUGGUGUUUGGAGUUAUAUUUUGAUAUAAACAAGGACAUACUUAAAUGAGGAUGUAACAUCUCCUGAACUGCAUGGACGCGGAAAGUAAACGCACACAGGAAACACUAUUUUUUUGUGUUUCUUAGACCACAUAAGUCUCGUUUCCACUGAGCGGUCCGGACCGGACCACUCCUGGCUGGUUUAGAAUGGACCGUGAGCAUUUCCAUUGAGUGUAGACCGAAGACGUAGCUGUGCAUCAUAACGGGGCGACUACAGUAGUUCUCUGUAUUUGCAGAUUCGGUGUGUCUCUGGUCCCUAACACCCGCGAAUAAGGGGCAAUACUGAAUGCAAAGAAUGUAAUAUUCUUUGCAAGAAGAUUAUAGGAGGACAAGAUGAAACCAGCUGAAAAUUAGGACAAAACUGGAUUUUGGAUUUGUAUUUAUUUAAAUAAUAAUUAUGAAUUUUGUCUAUUUUUUGGCACAAACAAAGCAAAUAUAUAAAUAAAACCUUUUUAUUUUUAUUAUUAUUAUUUUUUUUUACUUAUUUU